GUCGUAACCACGGCAAGUCUUGCAUCAAGUAUAAAGACGAAAACACGGAGUUCCCUUCCCGUGGCUGUGUUUACAUUAAUUCAAAGAAUAAAGGGCACUUGAGGGCAAACCGCGACAUUACUUUUAUUGACACUCAUAGCAGGAAAUAUUUUUUUUUAGCAUGUAAAGAUUUACACGGCCGACUAGUGGCAUGUGAAUCUCCUGCUUCACUAAUGUGCCAGCCUUCCAAAUGGAAAGGGGGCUUCGCUUUGGCAGCGUGAGCGUUUCUCUGUCGUUCCUGCUCCUCAACGUGGUCAUCGGCCUCGGGACCCUGCACACUUUGGGCUACGUCGUCGCCGGCAGAGAGCCCCAGCUAGCCUCAAGGGGCUCGGGCAAUGGACAAGCGGUCAGGCUGCCCCCGGGGGUGGCGGAUGUGACCGUGGAGGACGUGGAGAACGGGCCGACUGCCGCCGAGGACGACGGGUCCUGCGGGGGAGAACGCCACGGAAGUGUCCCAAUGAGGAGGUCUUUGGUGAUCAUCAGCACCCUGGACGGCCGCAUCUCAGCGUUGGAUCCGCACAAUCAAGGGCGCAAGCAGUGGGACAUGGACGUCGGCUCCGGGUGCCUGGUGUCCUCCAGUCUCAGCAAACCUGAGGUAUUUGGCAGCAAGAUGGUGAUCCCGUCUCUGGACGGCGCCUUGUUCCAGUGGAACCGCGACCGCGAGAGUAUGGAGGCGGUGCCUUUCAGCGUGGAGUCCCUGCUGGAGUCGUCCCACCGCAUCGGAGAAGACACCGUGCUGGUCGGCGGCAAGUCGCUCACCACCUACGGCCUGGGCGCCUACAGCGGCAAGCUGCGCUAUAUCUGCUCGGCGAUGGGCUGCAGCCGCUGGAGGCCCGAGGAAACGGAGGAGAGCGAAGAUGUGCUCCUGCUUCAGAGGACCCAGAAGACGGUCCGAGCCAUCAGGCCCCGUUCGGGACUGGAAAAGUGGAACUUCAGCGUGGGAAACUUUGAGCUGAAACUCCUGCCGGAGGCGCAGUCGGCCAUCAACUUCCUGGAGGCGGAGAUGGCCGGCGGCGACCCCUGGCGGCGGGCGAAGCGUCAGAGGAUUAUCACGGAGGAGUCCAAAGAACAGGCGGCCAACAAGAAGAACCACAACCUGGACCUGGUCAUCAAAGUGUCCGUCCCCGAUUGGAAGGUGAUGGCCUUCAGCACCGAGCCCGAUGGACAGCUGGUCUGGGAACAUCAGUUCUGCACUCCCAUCGCCUCUGCCUGGCUGGUGGGCGGAGGCCAAGUCACCCCCAUCAGCCUGUUUGACGACACGGCCUACAGCAACCAGUCGGAAACGGACGAGGAGGACGAUGACGGCGACAAUCCAGAUGCCUCCAAAGAUGCUUCGGCGUCCAGCGUUUACCUGGGGAUGUUCCAGGGUCAACUCUACCUCCAAUCCUCGGUGAGGAUCACCGAAAAGUUCCCGUCAAAAGCCAUCGGGUCCGAGAAGGACAUCAUCGCGUUACCGACCGUCAAAUGGAAGCCUCUUAUCCAUUCCCCGUCUCGGACUCCGGCCUUGGUCGGCUUUGACGAGUUCGACAAGUGUCUGAACAACGACAAGUUCUCCCAUGACGAGUACAGCAACGGAGCUCUGUCCAUCCUGCAGUAUCCUUACGACAACGGCUACCACUUCCCCUACAGCAAGCGCUACCGGGAGAAGCGGGACAGCGCGGUGAGCGUGAUCAAAAGAAGCGGGGCGCAGCCCGACAGCGGCAGGAACAAAGACCCCGUGUUGCUCCUGCCCUGGUGGAAGGAGAUCCUGGGCACCAUCGUCUUCUGCAUCACCGCCACCACAUACAUCGUACGCAAGUUCUUCCACCCGCCGGCCUCCGUUGGCGUCAGGCAACGUAAAGAGUCCGAGACGCAGUGCCAGACCGACAAGACUGACCUCGAGGUCGUGGAACCCAAAGAGCCCGACGCCGAGGAAACGCGCUGCAGCAAAUACGUGUCCAGGUACCUGACGGACUUUGAGCCCGUGCAGUGCCUCGGCCGCGGGGGCUUCGGCGUGGUCUUCGAGGCGCGCAACAAAGUGGACGACUGCAACUACGCCAUCAAGAGGAUCCGACUGCCCAACAGGGAGGUGGCGCGCGAGAAGGUGAUGCGGGAGGUGAAGGCCUUGGCCAAGCUGGAGCAUCCCGGCAUCAUUCGAUACUUCAACGCCUGGCAGGAGAGCCCUCCCGAGGGCUGGCAGGAGAGGAUGGACCACAGGUGGCUGCAAGACGCCAGUGUCACCGAGUCGCCAUUGAGCUUCGUGGAGCACAUGGAGCCGCUCUCCGUCAAAGUGCCGGUGUCCCAUUUGUCGCCACCGGGCGGCGGGUCGGGCGCCGGCGCCGCUGCUCCAUUGGUGAACGGGCACCUGUCGCAGGUCACCACCGCGGGCACCAACAGCAACGCGUCCCCGAACCCUCUUCUGGGCCACGAUAGUCUCGGGUCCGAACAGGACAGCCAGGCCGAGCCGGACCGCCCGGACACACCCGACUCGUUCGAUCUCUGCCUGCCGCACCGGCCCAGCGACUGCACCUCGUCCUCCUUCGACAUUGUCUUUGAGGACUCGGGAUGCGACCGCGACGCCGAGGUGGAAGCGGAUGCGGAGGAGGACUCGGCCUCCGCCGCCACCCAUCGGGACCCGCUCAGCGUGAGGGGGUCCGCUUCGUCCUCGCCGCACACUCCGCGGCCCGAGGACGGCCGGCCCUCCACUUCGACGCCUCCUCGGCCCAACUCGCUGGCCCUGGCUCUGCCCGUGACUCUGGCCGGCCAACAAGCGCAACCGUCUCCCAAGGUGUACCUGUACAUCCAAAUGCAACUGUGCCGCAAGGAGAACCUGAAGGACUGGAUGGCCCGGCGCUGCCUCCCCGAGCAGAGGGAGCACAACCAGUGUCUGGACAUUUUCCUGCAGAUUGCCGAAGCCGUCGACUUCUUGCACAGCAAGGGCCUCAUGCACAGGGACCUCAAGCCGUCCAACAUCUUCUUCACGAUGGACGACGUGGUGAAGGUGGGCGACCUCGGCCUGGUGACGGCCAUGGAGCACGAGGAAGACGAGUGCGAGCAGUGCGCCCUGACGCCGGCCCCGCUCCUCACGCGCCACACGGGCCAGGUGGGAACCAAACUCUACAUGAGCCCAGAGCAGCUCUCCGGGCAGUCGUACUCGCACAAAGUGGACAUUUACUCUCUGGGCCUGAUCCUGUUUGAGCUGCUCUACCCGUUUCGGACGCAGAUGGAAAGAGUGAGGACGUUGAUGGAGGUUCGCUCGCUGCGCUUCCCAGAAUCCUUCUCCAAAAACAACUUCCACGAGCUAAGCAUGGUGCUUAGCAUGCUGUCGCUCAUCCCUGCCGAGCGUCCGGAGGCAGCGGACAUCACCUGUCUGCCGCUCUUUGCGGAUUUGGAGCUUCCGUGCCGGCAGGCGGCCGUGCGACAGCGCUCGCGUACCUACAGCACCUCAUCGACGGGCGGCGGCGGCGGCGGAGGACGCUCCCCGCGACAGCCCUGCGCAACCUGACGGAACCCCCACCCCCCUCCCUCUCUUCCCCAAGGAAACAACAUUUUCUACACGACUGCUACUGAAUUCAGCCAAGUGCUUCUCUGAACUUUCCCCCCACCCCUCUCCUCCGGUCAUGCUUCAGUCCCGACGCCAUGGUUACACGCGCACGCACGCCACACCUCAGGUAGGACAACCACGAGGAGAUGCCUUCAGUCUCAUGCCUGAUUUGGAAGACCAAAAAACAAAAAAAAAAACAAGGAAGACCGUCUUUUUUUCAUAUUUCGUUAGAACUGUGAGAGGAUCUGAAUUGCCUUUCGACUAAAUGAAUGGCCCAAGCCAGUGCUUUUGAUUACUCCUACUCUACAUCUGUUCCGACCCCUUUCACACUGAGCGAUUGAACAUCCACCACGCCAUUUUUAGCAAACACAUUGCUAUUUUGUAUUUUUUUUUAUUUAACCCUCAUGUGUACCGAUUGUGACAGGCAGGCUCUGACAUGAGAAGAGCCACUUUUUUUCCUCUUUGUAAAUACAGCUAGAAAUGACGCUGUUCUGCGUGAAACUCCCAAAAAUUCAAUCCCCCCCCCCCCCCCCAUUUUUGUCGCAAAAUUUUGACAGCGAGCGGCUCGGUGUGAAAGGCUUCCUUCAGUCUUGGUGGUUGUUGGGUGGACGUCGGGCGAAGGAUGAUGGCAGUCAGCAGGACAUGCACUUCGGGGAAGGUUUCAGCGCAACCUCGGAAGUGUGACAACCACUCGCUUAUCGUAGCGACCGCUCGCUUCUCACUGCAGUUUUGUGGUUCGUGUUCCCAAGAUGGUUGUUGUCUCCUCCACCCCACAACAUUUUUUCGCUCUUGGUUUUGUUCUUCUCCAAUCGCAAAAUGGCCUCACAGUUAGCCUGUACAGUGCCCCCUAGUGCUUGGGCAUGUACAUGACAACCUGCAAUACCUUUUUUUAUAUUGGAAUUAAUUUCUUUUGUAAACUCCUCCAAGUGCCAUUAUUAUUAUUAUUAUUAUUAUUAUUAUUAAUUCAAUCCAGCCUUGUGCAUGUGGGCAUGCCCCAAGUAUGAGGAACCACGCUGAAAAGAAGAGUCGUGGGAAAAUGAAGUCAAAAAAAUCUUUGGACGGUUAAUGCCAAAUUCUCAUGUUGCGACAAUUCUCGCAUAAUUAUGACAUUUUUCCGUUAAACUAUGACUUUAUUCUGGGAAAAUUUCAACUCUUCUCAGAAAAGUUCCUAUUUUUGGAGGGCCCUGAAAAUAGCGACUUUUGUAAGUGAACUUUUUUUUUUUCCCCCCCACGAAAUAUGAUUAGAAUUUUAUUCCUGGAAAAAUACAUUUUCUUUUUUCUUUUUGUAGGAUCAUAUUAUAACUUUGUUGUAGCAAAAUUACAGCUGACAAAACGUGCACUUUUUUUCUCUGACAGUUACAACUUUUUUUUUUCUGGUCGUUUUUCUCCAAAUGAUGACUUCACUCUCUGAAAUGGAUAGACUUCCAGGGAAACAAUUACGUUUUAUUUUUUCAUUUCCAGAAAAUUACAACUUCUUUUUCACAAUUUAUGUUUCAUUUUCAUAAAAUGACUUUUUUUUCAACAUUAUUGUUGGAAAAGUAGGGCUUUUACGAUUUAACUGUCAGAAAAUUCAGACUCAAUUUUUCUGUCAAAAUGUCAUUCUCUAUGCUUGCAAAAGUACAACUUUUUUCCCCCCGCUCAUAAAAUUUAAUUCUGACUUUUUUUCCUUGGAUGAAUUAUUUUUUUUCUCACGAAUUAAGUCUUAGGAGGGAAAAUACUUUUUUUUUUCCCCCCUUCUGAAUAUUCCAAAGUUUUUUCUGCUAAUUGUAUGACUUGAUUUUGUAAUUCUGAUUGUAAUGUUUGUGGUGUUGAGCGUGGGCUGAAGAAGCCGCUGCCGAAUUUUGCCACGUGAGCCGGCGAAAUCCUGGACCUGAUGGCGGUCACGUGACCUGCUCGCCAAGUGCUGAGAGUCACACGAACCGUCGUGUGCUCCCAAGAUGGUUGUUUUCUAACGUUUUGGGGCUAAGAGCAAUUUUGAUUGUUUUUGUUAUUAUUAUUAUUGUUGUUCCAAUUGUUAUAUGGCGUUUUUGGAAGCCAAGUGAUGUUCACACACUGGGCCUUCCGCGCCAUUUUUCUAAAGUGAGUCAGGCACGCACACAAUGUUGCGGACAAUCACCAACUCAUCAUCUUCAUUGUCCAAGUCAAAUCGUCAUUGAUUGUUCCUCUUUGUUCCUCUCCUGAUUGCGGAGGUUUCGCUGCCUUUUGUUUGGCUCUGACAGAGAAGGAGGGGAUGAGGGGGGAGAAAAUAUCAUGGGACAAGUAGCUUGGUCCUACUCUGCAAAAACUAACAAAACAAAAAAAAAAUUCCUCGGGGUGAAAAGGCACACAUUUUUUUCUGUUCAUACAGAAAUGUAAAUAUGUUGAUUUAGCUUUUUAUUUAUGUUCCAUGCUGUUGAUCAAUCCGUUUGGGGUUGGCGUUUAUUC